CCCUCCAUUCCAGCAGCUGAACAUUCAGAGACACGACACAUACCUAUCCAGACUUUCCUGCCGCAGCCUGUUCUCCUCCUUGGGAGUUCUCCCGUCUGCUCGCAAACCUACGCAAGUCUAGAAUCGUGUCCUCCAUAACCCUCCAGAGAUGACCAUGUGGCUACUCCAGUGCAUCGGGGUCCUCUUGGGCAUUGGGGUCCAUCUUCACCCAGCGGGUGCCUUCCCCUUCCUUCUCACCCAGCUGAGCACCCGCAAGAGCAGCUGCAAGCAAAUCCCCAGCAGCAUGACGCUGUGCCACGCGGUGGGCUACGGAGAGAUGCGCCUGCCCAACCUGCUCGGCCACGACACCAUGAAAGAGGUUCUGCAGCAGGCCGGAUCCUGGGUGCCUCUUCUCACCAAGCAGUGCCACGCUGACACCAAGAAGUUCCUUUGCUCGCUCUUCGCCCCCGUCUGCCUGAGCGACCUGGAGGAGGCCAUCCACCCCUGCAGGUCCCUCUGCGAGGAGGUCCGCGACGGUUGCACGCCCGUCAUGGCUGCCUUUGGCUUCCCGUGGCCCGAAAUGUUUAACUGCACCCAGUUCCCCGAGGGCAACGAGCUGUGUGUGCCCCCUGCUGGCCUGGAUGAGAAGACACUCGUGGUGAAAGAAGAACUCCCGUGUGCCGCCUGCCAGAGCGGAGGAGACGCCGACAAAGAAUUCCUGCAGGGUUAUUGCUCUUGGGAUUUUGCCCUAAAGAUCAACAUCCACUCGACGUCCACUCUGGACGGAGACCUCAUGGUAGUCCCGGAAGUGAAGAGCAGGACCGUAUACAAGGCCAAAGGGUGGACCGAGGAGGAGCUGAAGAAGAAGACCCACCUGUGGCUGACGGACGGGGACAGCUGCAUCUGCCGAGACCUCCAGGAACCCGGAACCACCGUGCUGGUCAUGGGCCACCGAGUGGACGACAGGCUGGUCAUCUCCUGGGUGCGGAAGUGGCAGAAGGCGGAGAAGGAGACAAAGAGGUUUUCUAGGACUGUCCGCAAGCUCCAGUGCUAGACGGAAGAUAAAUCCGCCAAACGCUGAGCGUGGAACGUAAACUUGCGCUGAGAACCAAAGAACGCACGUCCUCGUAAUUUCUGCUCUUUGCCCCAAUUCUGCCACCAUCGUGUAGGCAACAAAAACAAAAAAAAAAAAACACGAAGAACUUUUUGUACGUAAGCUCACCGCGUUCCAUUUAUAAGGUUACAUUUUUAGCACUACUACAAUGCUUUCUGUGAAAAUACUUUUUUUUUUUUUUGGUUGUGCCCAUAACUGCCAGGUACAUGUGAACAUUUGCUCUUUUGUAUAGCAGCUCCUCGCCAGCCGAGCAAAUUGAGCUUUCCCUGCCCUGCUCCUGCAGGAGAUGAGCGGAGACCUGCAGAUUGUGAAGGUGUGGGGCAGCCAUCAGGAAGGGAGAUGAAAUGUCUCAACUCUUUUUUGUAUUUAGCUAUUUUAAAAGGUUUUAAUAAUAUCUCGUUCUUUAAUCAGA